ACUAUCCACCCGGCCACUAUCAAUCGAUCAGAGAGUGGAAGAUGGGGGUAAAUCGAGUCUGUGGGGCUAGAUCGAUCACCGAAAAACUCGAUUGAAGGAAUUCAACGGAUUGUGUUAAAAUAGUACAAAACAACACCAUAACAAGCGUUUGGAGCGGGGAAUUCAGCGAUCAUCAAGAGGUAUUUUGAAUGAUGGACUUUCCCUGGCACAGUGGCAAGGUUUUGGAACAGCUCAACCACCAGCGCCAGCUGGGACUGCUGUGUGACUGUACCUUCGUGGUGGACGGGGUGGACUUCAAGGCCCACAAGGCUGUGCUCGCUGCCUGCAGCGCCUACUUCCACACCCUCUUUCUGGACCAGAAGGAUGUGGUGCAUCUGGACAUCAGCAAUGCAGCAGGUCUGGGCCAAGUCCUUGAGUUCAUGUACACGGCCAAGCUGAGUCUGAGUUCUCAGAAUUUGGAAGAUGUGGUGGCAGUGGCCACGUUCCUUCAGAUGCAGGAGAUAGUCAAUGCCUGCUCUGCUUACCAGUCGCUGGCUGUCUCCACAACAUCCCAGUCAAUACAAGACUUAAAUGACAACAAGAUUGAGGAAGAAGAGCAGAACAUAGAGAAUGAGCCAUCAGAGACAUGGUCACAUGACGAGGAGAUGCUAAAAACAGCAGAUGACGGAGGGUCAAAGGGCGUUCAGGAGGACCCGAACGAGACCACCCCAGACGAUGGACAGACCAACAGUAAGACCCCCGACAAACCCAACCCACAGACCCCGGGGAGAGAAAGACCCUCCAAAACCUCCAACUUUGCCGCACCAAGAAAAGCCACAGCAGAGAGAGAGGAGAUGGAGAGCCCUACUAAAGAUGUGCCUGAGUGUCAAGAUGACCACUCGGAUGUGGACUACACUCCCAAGUUUCCAUUUAAGUCUGAAGCCGGUAUAUCUUACAUGAGUACCAGGAGAAGGACACGGAGAGCUCCUCAUCGCAACCACUCUCGGGAUAAUGACUCCGAUGAGGGGAACAGCGCAUCAAAGACGAUAAAUGAAGAAAAAGAGGUUGAAGAGGGUGAGAUGGAGGAGGGUGAAGAAGAGGGAGGUGGUGUGGAGGAUGAGGAGGAGGAUGAGGGAGAAGAUGGCCAGGAGACGGAGAGCGGAGAAGAGAGGAAGCAGCUACAGUCGGGUGCCGUCACCGACCGCACCGAGUCACGGUCCUACGGCUCUGUGACGCACAAGUGUGAGGACUGUGGAAAGAAGUUCACCCACACGGGUAACUUCAAAAGACACAUCCGCAUUCACACAGGAGAGAAACCUUUCAGCUGCCGUGACUGCCACAAGGCCUUUUCAGAUCCGGCUGCCUGCAAGGCUCACGAGAGAACACACAGCCCCCUGAAACCCUACUGCUGCUCCUCGUGUGGGAAGAGCUACCGGCAGAUCAGCCUGCUCAAUCUACACCGGAAAAGGCACACAGGCAAGGCCCGAUACAGCUGCAAGGACUGUGGCAAGCUCUUCACCACGUCUGGCAACCUGAAGCGCCACAUUCUGGUGCACAGCGGCGAGAAGCCGUAUCACUGCAACUACUGCGACCGGGCCUUCUCCGACCCCACCGCUAAGAUGCGCCACCUGGAGACCCACGACGCAGACAAGGGCCACAGCUGUCCACACUGUGAUAAGCGGUUCAACCAGACUGGGAAUCUAAAGGCUCACCUGAAGAUCCACAUCACAGACGGCCCUCUGAAGUGUAAAGAGUGUGGCAAACAGUUCACCACUUCCGGGAACCUGAAGAGACACCUGCGCGUGCACAGUGGGGAGAAGCCUUAUAUCUGUAUGCACUGCCAGAGAGCUUUCGCUGACCCAGGGGCACUGCAGAGACACGAGCGCAUACACACAGGGGAGAAGCCGUGUCUGUGCCGGAUCUGUGGGAAGGGGUUCACCCAGGCCAGUUCACUCAUUGCUCAUGUCCGCCAGCACACUGGAGAGAAGCCCUAUGUCUGCGACCGCUGUGGCAAAAGGUUUGUCCAGUCCAGUCAGCUCGCCAAUCACAUCCGUCACCAUGAUAACAUCCGGCCACACAAGUGUCAUAACUGCAAAAAGGCGUUUGUCAACGUCGGGGACCUCUCCAAGCAUAUCAUCAUUCACACAGGAGAGAAGCCCUUCCUGUGUGACAAGUGCGGUCGCGGGUUCAAUCGUGUCGACAAUCUACGCUCCCACGUCAAGACCGUCCACCAGGGUAAGGCUGGGAUGAAGCGCCUGGUGGUUGCCGGGGGUGACAGUGACGACGGGGGUGACGGGUUCCAUGGCGGGUCGGCCUCGGAGAUGGACGAAAAUGAGAUCAACAUAGUCACUGUCACCACCGAGGACAUCGUCACCCUGGCGACAGAGGCCCUGGCUGGCAGCACUGUGUCCCAGCUGACAGUGGUGCCUGUGGCUGCAUCAGUGUCAGCAGAUGAGACGGAGGCUCUGAAAGCUGAGAUUGCGAAGGCUGUGGAGAAGGUGCAGGAAGCAGACCCCAACACUCAGAUCCUGUAUGCAUGCGACUCUUGCGGUGAGAAGUUCCUGGACGCCAGCUCACUGGCCCAACAUGUGCGAAUCCACACCGCCCAGGCCCUGGUCAUGUUCCAAGCUGACUCUGACUUCUACCAUCAGUACACCGCAGCUGCCACCACUGUGGGGGAAGAUGUUACCACAACCUGGCAACCCACUUCCGAGCAGGUUAUCCAGGGAGGGGAGCUCGUCUUCCACACCCGAGAGGUUGAGGCGGAAGGGGAUGAGGUGACUCAGGAGGAGGGAGGAGAAGUGGUGGCCCAAGCUGACCCCCAGCCAGAGGAGGAAGAUGAGGCUGUGACAGAAGAAGGACAAGGAGAAGAGAUGGAGUGUGGAAUGUGCAGUGAUGUGGCACUCAAGAAUAAGAAUAAAAUGCAAAGCAGUCAAGUUCUUACUGGGGUCUGACAAUACCUCAUACGAAGCUGCCAGUCUCUGGGUCUCUCUGAGUCUCUGCAUCAGUGACAUGAACAUCUGUGUCCAAAGUUUGGGAAGAAACCGUUUGGCUUGUUUUUUGGACAUUGUAUAAAGUUAAAUUAUAUAUAUAUAUAAAAAAAGAAGCAAAACACAUUGCUAUAGGCCUAUCUGUGUGUUUUACCAUUACCUUGAAAAUAAAUGUGUUUAGAGUUAAAUAAGUUUGUUAUUUGGUGUGUUUUUUUAUUUUUAUGAGGCAUGUGGCCCACGAUGCACACUGAAAUUCUCAAUGUGGCAGCCCGGGGAAAAUUAUUGCCCACCCCCCUGCUGUACAACAUUCAAACUGGGGACCAUUGAAUGCAGGGGUCGGCAACCGGCAACAGUUUUUGGCCCCCCAUAUAUAUUUUUUUUAUGCAAAAUAUCCCAAAAGUAAUGUCCCAAGAAGGAAGUUACCCCAUCUAAAUAAUGCAAAAGGUAUAUUAACUUCAAUUAUUGAAGAGGGCAGGAGACAGUCAACUAAAAAGGUAAGCUGGCAGACAGCUUUGGAGUGCUGAAAAGUGAAGCGGUGGCCUCGACAAUCAAAGGUGGACUGCAAAUGGUGUUGAAAGUCAUUUGAGUAGCCUAAUUAAUUUCAACAAUCGUCUUCAUUAGACUUAACAACAAGAGGGCUUUGUUGGCGCCUAUGUCUUCCUAUUUAAAAAAGAGGUAUGCUAUCCGAUGCCUCAGUUUUAAUUAAUUAAUUGAAAUAAGGCUAUUGUUUAGGGGCACAAUGGGGAAGAUGGAUUCUAAUCUAGAUAACUGGCGAAGUGUAUUUUGGGUCGUAUAAAAUAAGAAUAUAGCUUUUCAUGAACAAUAUAUUUUUAAGUUAAUGUAUUUUAUCCAGCUCAACUUCAAGAAAGAACCUGAAAAAAUGUUCUUCAAAUGCCAGCAAGACACUGGGAAAGCACUGGACACAACCAGACCAAGUCAGUUCAGUGCUCUGAGCAUUGUCAAUCAGCGGCCACUAAACUAAAUCAAAUCCAACAGUCACCCACCUAAUCCAGACAGCCAUUUUUAUUUGUAAUGUUGUUGUUUUUUUAGUUAACUAGGCAAGUCAGUUAAAGGUAAUGGGUGUGAGUUAACACCAUCCCUUCAGACUGUCUAUGAACAGACAGAGACCGAAGAUGAAACUGAGACACGCCAGUCAUAAUUCUUUAGAAUUUGGGGCGGGGCUGUGAUCUGGUCUGCUUAUUGUUCUUGCCUCGUGGAAAAGUUGCCCUUUUAACAAAAUGUCUGGUCAAGGGAGCCUCCUCUGUGGAGCGGGAUAUUUUUGUUAUCCAUAAUCUUUGGCCUGUCUGAUGUUUGUCUCAAUCAAAUCAUUCCAGACCCCUCCCAUAUACUCCAUCCAGAGUUACAGCCUCUCUCCUCAGUCUAUGCAGUUCCUCUAUGGACAGUUAAUAGAUUAAGACCCAGUAUUCAUUCAUUAGUAUUUGAUUUUCUGUUUGUUUCAUUAAAUAGGAAGUAAGCAGACGAAGCCAUGUGGCCAUAAAGAUGUAAGCCUAAUUGGUAAAUCUAGGAAGUCUAGAUAUUGUUACGUAUUCGGUACAUAAUAUAGAGAAUGCAAACAAAUACUGCAUUCAACUCAUCCGUGCACAAUUCAAAGUUGCUUAGGGAUCUGACCCCUUUUUUAAAUUUUCGCAUAAAAUGAAAUACCCAUAUCUAACUGCCUGUAGCUCAGGACCUGAAGCAAAGAUAUGCAUAUUCUCAAUACCAUUUGAAAGGAAACACUGAGGUUUGUGGAAAUGCGAAAUUAAUGUAGGAGAAUACAACACAUUAGAUCUGGUAAAAGAUAAUACAAAGAAAAAAACAUGUUUGAAAUGAGAAAGGCCAAUAUGACUUAGGAAUAUAGCCGCAAUUUCGACAGUAUAUAUUCAAAGUUUUAGACUGAUCCAAUGAACCAUUGCAUUCUGUUCAAAAUGUAUCAAGACUGCCCAAAUGUGCCUAAUUGGUUUAUUAAUACAUUUUGAAGUUCAUAAUUGUGCACUCAAACAAUAGCAUGGUAUUCUUUCACUGUAAUAGGUACUGUAAAGUGGACAGUGCAGUUAGAUUACCAAAUGUAAGCUUUCUGCCCAUAUUAGAUAUGUCUAUGUCCUGUGAAUAUUGGUUACUUACAACCUCAUGCUAAUCACAUUAGCCUACAUUAGCUCAACUGUCCGGCAGGGGAUACACCGAUCCUGUAGAGGUUAAUUUGGCUACAAUUUGUUCAUCAAUGUUGAUUUAAUUAACUUGCUGGUGGUCCAAUAUGAUGCGUCAGCUUGCCUGCCUGUCGAUCUAUCUGCGACUACAGCUGAUUUUUUUCUCAAUGCUUUGUGCUGACCAGUGUUCCUACAGAAUGCCUUCUUGUUAUGCUAUUAAUGUACUUGAAGAUAAAACUCUGGGAAACCUU